UGGUGUAUUGACUGCUGUUGUUGUUGUUUGCCGGGAACAGCAAGGAAGAGCGCUUUGGCGGUCUUGGAUCGCAAAAUAAACGAAAUUUUGUCAGAAUUGCGUCAAAAUGUCUGAUCUGGAGGAUGCUGUGGAGCCCAUGGAGGUUGGGGAGAACUCCAAUGAAUCUUCAUCAGCAGAGACAUCAUCAUCUAGCAAAGCCGGUGCAGAAUACGAGAGCAAGAUGGAGACGGAUAGGUCCAAAAGGUUUGACUAUCUCCUCAAACAAACAGAGAUCUUUUCUCAUUUUAUGGUUGGUGCCAGAGACAAGACUCCAACCUCUCCCCUGAAAUGCAAACCCGGGCGUCCUAAGAAGACCGAGACUCGCAAGCCAUCGGUGAUUGGCGAGGCUACGUAUUCGGAUUUUGCCAGUUUAUGGACGGGAAAAUCUGUGGAUCAACUGGAUGAAAACCAAACUAAGGACCUAAAAAACCGCGUGAAGAAGUUAUCAGCUGCAGCUGCCGACCACCGUCACCGCAUGACAGAGCAGGAAGAGGACGAGGAAUUGCUCGCCGAAUCGAACAAAUCAUCCAAGAUUAUCACCCGGUUUGAGGAGAGCCCAAGCUACGUCAUCAAUGGAGAGAUGAGGGACUAUCAGAUCAGAGGGCUCAAUUGGAUGAUCGACUUGUAUGAAAACGGUAUAAAUGGUAUUCUUGCAGAUGAGAUGGGUCUUGGGAAAACGCUGCAGACAAUAUCUCUUCUUGGAUACAUGAAGCAUUUCCGCAACAUUCCUGGCCCUCAUAUGGUCAUCGUGCCUAAGUCAACACUUCGUAACUGGGAGAACGAGUUCAGACGAUGGUGUCCAUCAUUGCGUGCAGUGUGUCUGAUUGGUGACCAAGAAACUAGGGCUACAUUCAUCCGGGAGGUGAUGAUGCCUGGGGAGUGGGAUGUGUGCAUAACGUCCUAUGAGAUGUGUAUCCGAGAAAAAUCUGUUUUUAAAAAAUUCAAUUGGAGGUACAUGGUUAUUGACGAAGCUCAUCGCAUCAAGAACGAGAAGAGCAAGCUUUCAGAAAUUGUCCGAGAGUUCAGGACCACCAAUCGCUUGUUGUUGACGGGUACUCCCCUGCAGAACAACCUUCACGAGCUGUGGUCACUUCUCAAUUUCUUACUUCCUGAAGUCUUCAGCUCAUCUGAGGAUUUUGACUCGUGGUUCAAUACCAACAACUGCUUGGGUGAUGCUACCCUUGUUGAACGUCUGCAUGCUGUACUGAGACCGUUUUUGCUGCGUAGGCUCAAGUCAGACGUAGAAAAGCGUCUCUUGCCCAAGAAAGAGACGAAAGUGUACAUCCAGUUAUCUAAAAUGCAGCGUGACUGGUAUACAAAGAUCUUGAUGAAAGAUAUUGAUGUCGUGAAUGGUGCUGGUCGCACAGAGAAAAUGCGUUUGCAGAACAUUUUGAUGCAGCUGCGGAAAUGCUGUAACCACCCUUACCUCUUUGACGGAGCAGAGCCCGGCCCACCAUACACAACAGACUAUCAUCUGGUGGAGAACUCUGGCAAAAUGAUAGUACUUGACAAGCUGCUUCCCAAGCUUAGGGAAAUGGGGUCACGAGUCUUGCUCUUUUCCCAAAUGACACGCAUGUUGGAUAUCUUGGAAGACUAUUGUGUUUGGCGCAAAUAUUUGUAUUGUCGUAUUGAUGGACAGACUGCACAUGAAGACCGCCAAAGGCAGAUUGAUGAAUAUAAUAUGCCUAAUUCAGACAAGUUCCUAUUCAUGUUAUCAACUCGUGCUGGCGGUCUAGGUAUCAAUCUGGCUACAGCAGAUAUCGUCAUCCUUUUUGACUCUGAUUGGAACCCACAGAUGGACUUACAGGCUAUGGACAGAGCACAUCGUAUUGGGCAAAGGAAGCAAGUAAAAGUGUUUAGAUUUAUUCAAGAAAACUCCAUGGAAGAAAAAUUAGUGGAACGUGCAGAGGUCAAACUCCGUCUGGACAAGAUGGUCAUCCAACAGGGUCGCUUGAUGGAUAACAAAACUAACGCAUUGGCCAAGGACGAGAUGCUGGCGAUGAUAAGACACGGUGCCAACGAGGUGUUUAAAGGGAAAGAUGACGAGUUUACAGAUGAAGACAUUGACUCCAUCAUUGGAAGGGGAGAAGAGAAGACAGAAGAGUUGAACAAGAAGCUAGAAGCUCUUGGGGAGUCGUCGCUUCGCCAGUUCACACUUGAUGUCCCCACUAAUUCAGUCUACCAGUUUGAGGGCGAAGAUUACAGAAAUAAGCAAAAAGCAAUAGUUGGCAUGUGGAUUGAGCCACCAAAACGAGAGAGGAAGGCCAACUAUGCUGUGGACGCGUAUUUUAGGGAAGCACUCAGGGUGUCCGAACCCAAAGCCCCAAAGGCACCUCGUCCACCCAAGCAGCCAGUGGUUCAGGACUUCCAGUUCUUCCCUCCCAGAUUGUUUGAGUUGCUGGAUAAGGAGAUCUACUACUACCGGAAAACUGUCAGCUACAAGGUUCCCAAGAACCCAGAGUUUAUGGGAGAAGCAGCUCGCAUCCAGAAAGAGGAACAGCAGAAGAUUGAUGAAGCCGAGCCAGUUACAGAAGAGGAGAUGGAGGAACGAGACAGUCUUCUUACUCAAGGUUUCCUCAAUUGGAGCAAGAGAGACUUCAACCAGUUUAUCAAAGCCAAUGAAAAGUUUGGACGGGAUGAUAUUGAAAACAUUGCAAAGGAAGUUGAAGGUAAAACACCUGAUGAGGUGAUGGAGUACUCUGCAGUCUUCUGGGAACGAUGCUCUGAGCUUCAAGAUUGUGAUCGCAUUCUGGCACAGAUUGAGAGGGGCGAGGCUAAAAUUCAGCGAAGGGCAUCGAUUAAAAAGGCUCUUGAUGCUAAGAUGGCUCGUUACAGAGCACCAUUCCAUCAAUUACGAAUAUCUUAUGGAACUAAUAAGGGGAAGAACUAUACUGAAGAAGAGGAUCGUUUCCUUGUGUGUAUGCUGCACAAGCUGGGAUUCGAUAAAGAAAAUGUGUACGAAGAGUUACGAGCAGCUGUAAGAUCUGCACCUCAAUUCCGGUUUGAUUGGUUCAUUAAAAGUCGAACGGCAUUGGAGCUCCAGCGUCGAUGUAAUACAUUAAUUACUCUUAUUGAACGUGAAAAUCAAGAACUAGAAGAAAAAGAAAGAGCAGAGAGGAAAAAAGGCAGGCCUAGAGGGCUGUACAUGAAGUCGGGGAAGAGAGCCGGCGCCACUCAAGAUGGCCGAGGAAGACGAAAGAAGAAGGCGGAAUAAAUUUGUCGUUCUUCGAUAAUAAAUUAUUGCAGAUGCAGUUACAGUGUUAUAAGAUCUGCAAACAGAGUAGAUUAAAUAUUUUACUGUGUAUGUUUAAGUACAGCAUUCCCAUGUUUAUAAAAAGAUUUAUAAUGGGGUUAAAAAGUCCCAUGUUAUUUUGUCCCCAAGACCAACAAACCCAAUUGGAUAUUCGGCCCAUACAACCUUCAUUCACGGCAAGUGUGAGAGAGAACUAACGUAAGGAGAUAUAACUGCACCAAGUACAGUAGCUAGUAGGGGAGACUCUUGAACUAGAGUUCUCUCCCCUUACACACAACCAGGUAAGCACAUGUAAAGCCUCCUACAGCUUACAUGUGUCGUGUGUCUGGUAAGAGGGUGUGCUAGAUGUCCAAGUGACCAUUCUGUGUUGACACUUUCCCAUUCCAAUUGGGGAACCCAUUUUUGUUAACUGUGUCACACUCUUGACUUGCUUAUUGAUAUAUAAAAGUCUUUUUAAUUUUUGUUUAAAAUGUUUAUAGAUUUUGAACAUUGAUUUUUGUAUCAAAAUACUCAAAAAUUAAUUGAAUUGAACAUUCGAAAAAAAAAAAAUGGGUAACCAUUGUUGGGUGUACGAGACACUGCCUAGUUUUAAAAUGUUAUCAAUAUUUAUAUUUUGACCAGUAACAGUAAUUUAUUCAAUUGGUGUUGAAAUAAAUGCAUAAUUGAUAUGCCGAGCUGUGGGCUGCGAUUAUACAUGGCACUGAGCCAUAUGCUAGAGCAUUGGAAGCCUGUAAGGUGUACCUGCUCAAAUAUUGCCUUGUGACAAAGAUUUGUAAACAGAUUUUUGGCUUAAAUGCAAUAGAACAGCAUCAUUAGAACUAAAGAAUGUUAAAUCAUAAUAUAAUAAUAUACUGUGUUUAUUAUGAGAACUCUUGAACCCUUUGGCUGCGCAUUCCGUUAUAUAAUGUUUUAUUUACGUAAAUUCAGUCUUGCGUGAUUGUAAUAUUACAAUUUCACUUUUCAGUAUUCUUUGACUUAAUAUUGUCAUUUAUACUAAAAUGGUAUAUAUAUAUAGUUUAAAAUAGGCUGUGGAUGCAUGGUGCAGAGAUGGAAGAGAGUAAUGUGCAAAACAAAAUUGUUAGGCAUCACAAUGUAAAACACAUUUUUUGGCUUGCUAUAAGUUAAAGGUGAGGCAGAUGGGCAGAGGAAGCACUUAGGGUAAACAUGAGCAUAGCACAAUGCAUCGCACAUACAAGAAAAAGCUUUAGACGUAGUUUAGCUUGUAUCUUGCAGACCCAACAAACAUGUGGUUGAAAAGUGUGCACACAGCCAAAUUUGCUCUGCCUCGUGCCCAGACAAUCCGUGUACAUCCAAGCCUGCCUCUACAGAUUUUGGGUGCUCGUUUAAACCAAAUUUGCAAAUCCACUUUUGCAGAAUUGACGGUCAACAGAACGUGGAAAAACUUGACAGUAAUUAUGCCAACAAUUAUCAAAUUUAUCAAUAUGGAAAUCAAUUUCAUUAUGUUUUUGUAAAUACAGUAGUAAUAAAAUAUUCUUCUUAUAUUUGAUUUAACUUGUCACACGGCCUCGCACACAACGGGUCCGUGGUCCGAGUCUCCUAGAGUCCAGGUGAAUGCAAUAUUUGAUUUAUAAUACACCAUAAUUCCUGUUACAGUGUAAAUAGUUUCACAAAAUAUAUAUGCAGAUUGUCGCAUGCAUUUGAAUGGUGUUGCAUGAAAAAUGGGGCAUAACUCAACAUGGCAAGCAAAAUUCUGUUCAGCAAUUUUCCUGUUCCUCUAAUAUACUGGAAUGUUCCAUUGGUUGUAAAGAUUCUUAUAUAUAUUUUAGUAUACCCUUUGUGUGUGUGUCAGUGUUUCAUGAUCGUCGAUUGCCUAUAUAUUAUAUCUUCUGUAGAGUAUAUGUAAUACACACAUACGGGGGUAUACGUUAACACAUCUAGCCACAGGUUUAGUGCUAAACAGCUCUACAAAUUAUAAUUACAGUACAAAAUAUGGAAAGCAUUGACAAGUAAUGUAGACAUUGGUGUCUACUUUAUCUAGCACUUUUCUGAUCUUUGUAAUGAUUUUUAAACACAUCACAUUUUAUAAUAUAAAUGGGCCAGAAACUCAUUUAAAUUAGCAGAACCCAGUGAGCAUAUUGUAUUUUAUAAAAAAAAAAAUAGCUCCUAUUUUUUCCCAAGCUGAUGCAUCCCUAAGAAAGUAGGAAGUGGUAAUAAUGAGGAUAUAAUUAUUUGUAUCACUUUAACGUUUCGUUAAUAGUUUUCUUUUGUUGUAAAAUACAUUUUUUUUUUUUUUUUUUUUUUUUUUUUUUUGAGUAAUAUGUAUACAGUAGUACAUCUUUGGUAAUACAUUUGUUUUGAAGAUUAUUACCCAUAUAAUGGGUGAGUGAAGACGAUGCUGUGAGCGGUUCUCUGUUCUCCAGGAUGUAGGAAGGUGUUAGUUGGCAAGCCCACCUCUUGUGUACUGGGCUUUCUACACCCUUUUUAUACUUAAAUUUGUUUAAAUUGUAAUAUGUAAAAGUUAAGGUACACAAUUUGUUUUAACCUGUUAGGUAUAUGUUCCAUCUUUCCCACGUUAAGAAAUGAGUUCAAAUUGUUUGGCAAUCUUUAAAGUUUAGCAUUGAUUGUUGUAUCAAAACAAUCAUAUACAUAUGCUCUUGUACUAAUUUCAUAGUUUGGUGUUUUCCAAGUAAUGAAUGGAUGAAUGUUUAUAAUUAAAAAAUAAAAUCUGUACUAGAUAGUGAUUUAUUUGGUAUGGCUAGUUAUCUUCA